AUGUCGACUCCCAGUUCAUCUGGAUCCAUUGCAAAGAAAGAGAUUUUGAGCUUCUUACCAUCUUUAUAUUUGAUUUCGAAGAAACCAAGUAAGAAGUGUAAGUAUUGGGAAUGGAUUGAUGAACCUGUGACUGGGAAUCCAGAUUUAGAACAAGAACUUGAAGCAGUUAAAGAGGAUGUUGCAUGUUUGAAGAAAGAAGUUCAAGAGCUAAAGAAUAAAGCACAUAGUUAUAGGGUAGCAAUCAGUUGUAAUAUUAUCUGA